UGGUAAAACAAAUGAUGUUUAUAACAAAGCCUGUAGUGGUGAAACGAAUGAUGUUUGUGGUAAAGCUUGUGAUGAAAAAGCUUAUAGUAAUAGAACUAAUAGAGCUUGCAAUGAUGAUAAUGAAGACACUGGAGUUUGUGAUAAUGGAGCUUGCAAUGGUAAUAACGAAGACACUGAAGUUUGUGAUAAUAGAGCUUGCAAUGGUGAUAACGAAGAUACUGGAGUUUGUGAUAAUGGUUCUUGUAAAGAAGAUAUUGGAGUUUGUAAUAAUGGUUCUUGUAAAAUAAAGGUGUGUGAUUUUUUAGACAUCUUGGAAUGA